AUGGCCAUCCAACCUAAACAAAACCCGAUUGUGCUGGUGAUUGAUUUCCACCAUGCCAGGGGCCCAGAGAUCGAGCUUUGUAUCGGUGACGAGGGAACGAGUCCGGCUACCGACAAUGACUGGUCUCUUUUGCCGUUCAUGGCAUUGUCGGAUGGCGCACAUCUUUCAACCGAGGAGUUCUCCUAUUUCACAUUGCGCCGGAAGGAAACGUCGACGGCGCCUGCUACCUCGCUUUUCGGCAUUGCUUGCUCCCGCCAGCUCGACUCGAGUCUUUUGAUUAAUCGUCCGCCUGAAGUGACUCGGUCCACCGUACAGAAGGCUGUGGUGGUGGUUACGGAUAGCCCACAGAGGGUUGGUCAAAUACGCGAGAAACUAUCUGUGGUUACCUCGGCAUGGUUUGCGCAACGGGAUUUUUCUGAUAUCGAUAUCUUGAGGAAAUUCCGCGAAGGUCUGGUGAUAAGCUUGUUGAAUGAUGAAUCAAGAGACCAGAAUCUGGGUCUUUCUCUCCGAGAAAUGAUUCACGAAUUCAAGUAUCAGACUUUAGUCCUCUUCAAAGGAUUAUUGCUACAGCCCAAGGUAUGUUGGUUUCCUUUCUCUUGA